GGAAAUAAUUUGCCGUAAUUGAUUGAGAUGAUAAUGUAAAAUGCAUGAAUUAAGAAGACCUAGCAUCAUUUUCUUGGAACAGAACAAUCGACGAUGCUCCACCAUGAAAUUUCAUUUGUAUUGUGUCCUUUAGCUGUUUCCCAGCUUUGCAUUUCUAGGUGAACCUUUUCAGGAUGUACCGCAUCUUCAUGGUGAAUCAUUUUCAUUGAUGCUUUAGGUUGCCACUUUUCACCAUAUCACAAGACAUUCAAAGGGGCAAUGUAAGUAACAUCCCAAGUCUGUAUAUGGACCUUCUAGUUUGUUCUUCAUGGUUGAUUUACAUUAGCUUCCUCAGUGAUCUGUACUGACCCAUCUGGGUGAAGGCACAUCUGCCAGCAGGCAAUGCAAAGUUGGCAAUCUGAAAAGGUGCUGUUGUCAUCUUGAAGAUACAACCUUCCUACAGCAACAGCGCCGCCAUGUAUUUGGAGAACAAGAGCAACCUGGAAAUGGAAAUGGCCCAGGCUACAGCUCAAGGCCACCAGACUCGGAACGGUCUGAGGUCACCGGAGGCUGUCCCGGCAAAUUUUGGAGAGCUGCGGCUGCUGCAAGGUAUCUCAGAGAGGAGGGAGACUCAGAAGCAGCUGCAGUCUGCCGUGCUGCCCUCGAACCAGUGUGUCAUCCACGCCGACGGCUUUGUCCCUAUCCGGCAGGAAGAUGAGCACAGUUUCAGCAUGCUGAAUAUUCUGACGGGGAGGGCCAACUCAGCCAACAUCACGGAGCGUUCUCCUUUGUUGAGAUUCCCUCAGGAUGACAGCAUAACCUACAUGACCCUACAUGACCCCAGCUUCAUUGGAGGGGAGGAGCCCUGGGAAAACCACUCUCUGGACUUUGAGAGAAGGUACCGAUUGGGCAGUGAGGUCAACACUCUAUCCCUGUCCCGCUCCAGCUCCUCAGAAAAGAGUGAACCACUGGACUACCUGAACCGCAGCUUCAGACUCAGAAGCGGCAUCCGAGGAUGCAUCAAGGUGUCCAGAGUGGUCAUCAUCUUCACCAUUGUGGUUCUCUGCAGUUUGUUCUUCAGCAUGUAUCCCGACCGGAACAACCCCUGGAGGAUGCUGGCCGUGUCUCCAACAGACACUUUCUCAAUGAACUUGACAGACUUUCGGGACAAUGCUUUGUUGAAGCUGCAAGUGGGUGGGCCUUUCACCGGAGGUAUGGUGGACCCGACCAACCAGGAGUACAUCCUGAUCCAGGUGGAGCAGACUGAGCCUGCGGGUCAGCGGAGGAGGAGAGCGCAACAGGUGAUUCAUAACUGGACCAUCCCACUUCAUGGUGAACGCAAUGACCAGAUGCUGAUGACAAAGACCUUUGAGAUGCUGAGCAGUGACCCCAUCCUCAUCACAAUUCAGGCUUUCCUGCAGAAUAAUGAGGUGGUGCCAUUAUCCAUGACUCACCAGUCGCUUUAUGUCAACGUGGAGACUCAGGUGGCUAUAGCUGGAAUCAUCCUCACUGGGGUCUACAUCCUGAUCAUCUUUGAGAUUGUUCAUCGAACUCUGGCAGCCAUGUUGGGUUCUUUAGCAGCGUUAGCAGCUCUGGCAGUCAUUGGUGACCGACCCAGCCUGAUGACUGUGGCCGAGUGGAUUGACUAUGAGACGCUGGCCCUUCUAUUUGGCAUGAUGCUGCUGGUGGCUAUUUUCUCAGAGACUGGCUUCUUUGACUACUGUGCCGUAAAGGCCUAUCAGCUGUCCAGAGGAAGGGUUUGGCCCAUGAUCAUCAUCUUGUGUCUCAUUGCUGCUAUUCUGUCGGCUUUUCUGGACAACGUCACCACCAUGAUGCUGUUUACUCCAGUGACCAUUCGGUUGUGUGAGGUGCUCAAUCUGGACCCCAGGCAUGUCCUCAUCGCAGAGGUCAUCUUCACCAACAUCGGAGGGGCUGCCACUGCUGUCGGGGACCCACCUAACGUCAUCAUUGUAUCUAACCAGAACCUGCGUAGAGAAGGGAUUGAUUUUGCCAGUUUCACCGGCUACAUGUUUCUAGGAAUAUGCCUGGUCCUGCUGACCUCCUUCCCCUUCCUGCGGAUGCUCUACUGGAACAAAAAGCUUUACAACAAAGAGUCCAUUGAAAUAGUUGAACUGAAACACGAGAUCCUGGUUUGGAGGCAGACGGCUCAGCGCAUUAACCCAGCAAGUCGUGAAGAGACGGCUGUCAAGUGUCUUCUUAUGCAAAAGGUUCUCAACUUGGAAAGUUUGCUGCGCAAGAUGAUGAAAACCUUCCAAAGACAAAUUUCUCAAGAGGAUAAAAACUGGGAGCAAAACAUUCAAGAACUACAGAAGAAGCACAGAAUUACUGACAAGGCACUCUUGGUCAAAUGCAUAUCCGUCCUGGCUGUGGUGAUCUUCAUGUUUUUCGUCAACUCCUUUGUCCCCAACAUUCAUUUAGAUUUGGGUUGGAUUGCUGUCCUUGGAGCUUUGUGGCUGCUGGUUCUUGCUGACAUCCAAGAUUUUGAGAUCAUUCUGCACAGAGUGGAGUGGGCCACACUGCUCUUCUUUGCUGGGCUCUUUGUCCUGAUGGAGGCUUUAGCACACCUGCAGCUGAUCGACUACAUCGGGGAACAGACAGCAGCGCUUAUUAAAGCAGUACCAGAAGAUCAGCGCCUGGCAAUUGCCAUUAUCCUGGUGAUGUGGGUCUCAGCUCUGGCAUCGUCACUGAUCGACAACAUCCCCUUCACAGCUACUAUGAUUCCUGUUUUGAUCAACCUCAGUCAGGACGCAGAUGUGAACCUCCCAGUCAAACCUCUGAUCUUUGCACUGGCUAUGGGCGCCUGCCUGGGAGGAAACGGCACGUUGAUCGGGGCCUCUGCCAACGUGGUGUGUGCGGGCAUUGCUGAGCAGCACGGCUACGGCUUCUCUUUCAUGGAGUUUUUCAGGUUAGGCUUUCCCAUGAUGAUCAUGACGUGCAUGAUCGGGAUGUGCUACCUGCUGGCCACUCACGUCGGCCUGGGAUGGAACAUGUGAUCAUUUACAGCUGCUGCCCAUCGACCAAAAAGACUGCCAUCGAACGCACCGUACACAUCGUCCACUCUUAGUCUGUAGUCUGAUCAGAUUAUUGAGUCUGUCUGCACUGCAGCGUUGUUGUGUUUCCUUCAAGGUCUCUAGACAGCCAAGGGCGUCAAGCAUGGCAACGUUAUGGCACUUACAACCAGCUGCCUGUUCAGGCGGUGGGAGAACCACCCACUAAGAUUCACCAUUCAUCAUUCCUUAAACAACCGCUCCCAGAACAGACAUUCGUACUGGUUCACUUCUAUUCAUGUUGAAUCUGAUGCAGGUUGAGAAGUUGGAAGUUCUCCUAGACGUCACAUGGGUGUCGUCCUGGCACGCCAGUCGCCAGGGGUCUCAAACUGAUCCGAAAGGGCUGCAGUGGGAGCAGGUCUUUAUCCCACCCAAUCCAUGCAGUUGCACCGCUCAGUGGUCUGAAGACUGCAAGCGGUUGAUUCUCAGUCUGGUGCUGCUUGUUCGGCUGGAACAAAAUCCUGCUCCCAAUGGUGCCAUUUUAUGGGUCAGUUUGAGACCCCUGCUCUACACUGUCCCCAGGUGUGAGUGGUCUGUUUGUAAGAGCCCUGCGAAGACGUUCCCAGGGUGCUCCAGUUCCGUUUGACCUCUGUAGAGAAGCAUUUAUAAUAAGUGGUUGAAUUAUUCAGACUCUUUCAAUUAAAACGCACUCUUACUUAGUGUUAUUUCAAUGAAACUCAAAAAUGAUGUUGAGCUGACGUCCAUUUAAACUUCCCAAAGGUUUCCAUCCAUUUUUAAAGUCAUAUUCCUAAUGUCAGAGUCCCUUUAUACAAUAUCAGAGGACCGUAGGUUCAAAUCCAACUCUCAGGAAGUGUCUUGUCACCGUCAUGGACCUUUCAAACUGCCAUGGUGCUCCGAUGUAGUUGAGCGCGUUGUGUGUAGAACAGAAACAUUCUGCGACUGGAUUGCAAAAGGUAUUUGAGAUCAAAGUCGACCUUAGCAGGUGCGACAUCAAUCCAAGCGCUCAGCUCUGUCUAGUGCGGCAUGACCACCUAUUGUGCCCAAGUUGUCGUUUGAUGCUUUCCAAGUUGAGCAGUAACUUCAAGGGGAGAAAACGAACAAUGUUUUGUUUGCUCCGCACGUUCCUCGCUGUGUCAAGACCUCCAAGCAGACACAAAGCAGGCUCCCAGGUGAGGCAUGCUUCAUGUGUAAAACCUGAAGGAAAAGUUGUGUUCAUGACCAACAACUUCCACCCAAGGAAAGAGAAGAUGUUCUGAAUGAACUUCCAAACGUGACCCAGAAUCGGUGCUUCUGUCUGAGUCGGUAUUCAUUAUUUCCAUUGGUUCAGGUGCCUUAUGAGCUCUCAACACCACCAGAAGGUUCACCUUUUUCAACUGCGAUUGAGAUUCAGACGACUGCCACCCCAGUGAAAGGGAUUUUUAUAACAAGUGAUAGCACAAUCGUUGGCAGAGCCCCCUCAAAGCGAUGGCCCUUUACGUGGAUCUGAUAAAGCAAACUAAUUAGAGAUCUAUGUUUUUGUAUUACAUUGUGAUAUAAUAAGUCAAGCAAAUAUUAUUUAAACAUUGUAUUCUUGUGUGUAGACUCUUGAUUCAGAAAAAAG